GAAAGUCGAGGUAUGACAACUGGGGGCUGAGCCACCUGCAUGAUCAAAUGUCUGCGCCUCCUCUCGUUCGCUCUCUUUCGCCCUCGACUGACAAAAGCCCAUCGUCAAAGUGGCUCAGCGCGCUUGAGCCCUAUCAGUUUGACUAGUUGCGCUAUCGUCUUUUGGGGGUCACAGUCCAAAGUUGAGAGGAUUUUGUGGGGGCUGAAUCCUCUCGCUUGCAACCUUGCUCCGCGCUUGCACCUCGUGAAGAAGGUUCUCACUACAUCCGGUGAACUCAGUCCUCCGCCGGGUGCAUAUUUCAGUGACAUCCCUUUUCGAGAUUUGGGAGGGCCAAACAGGAUCGAAAAACUUCUUCGUCAGCCACGGCAGCCAGCCUUGCAUGGCUGUGAGGGCGUGUGGUGACGUCGAUGAACCCAACAAGUUCAAGAACACUGGUGCGUAGAAAAGCAGUAUGC